CUGCUUGAUUUUGGUCAGUGCGUAUUUACUGUCACCAUUUCUUCAGUAUUUUCAUCAUUAAACUUUUGUUAUUAUCAUAUUACCAAUGUUAUUAUUAUUAAUAUUAUUAUUAUUAUUAUUAUUAUUAUUAUUACUAUAAUUUGUUAUGUAGGAGUGUGGAUUACAUACGNAGCUGCCGUUACAGUGCCCAUCUGCGCGGGUAAAGCAUACUAUGAGCAGCCAAUAAAGUAUUAUUAUUCGGAUAAAGCUGACUUAUGUGUGGGGGUGCGUGAAGGGUGCGAUGCAAACGUAGAUGACGGUGAUCUGUAUGAUGAUUUGCAGUCGUGUAUUAAUGAUAAUAUGCGAGUAGGUCAUAUAAAAACAGUGUUUAUGUAUUGUGCGGGUGGGCAGGGUGUGCUACGUGACAGGCACACUGGCCGUGCCUUGAUAACGAGCUCAUGCAAACAGCCAGAUAUAUUUUGUGCACCUGAAGCGCUAUGCUAUAACGCCACCACGUAUGCGUAUUGCUGCAGAGAUGGCCUUCCAGAUCGUAUGUUUUCUAAUAUAUUACUGUUUAUAAUAAGGCAGUAA